AGCCACGUCAGGGGACAAGGUGCCCCCGCAGAAACAAGAGGGGCGGAGAGCCCCAGGAAUCUGAGCACCCCCCUCAGCAGUCAGGGAACGUGGAAGCAGAGACUGAAGUAAAGAUGGCAGAGCCCAGCGCCCCAGCAAAGCCACGUCAGGGGACAAGGUGUCCCCGCAGGAACAGGACGGGCAGAGAGCCCCAGGAAUCUGAGCACCCCCCUCAUCUGGCAGAGAACAUGGAAGCAAAGACAGUGGAGCCUAGCACCCCAACAAAGCCACGUCAGGGGACAAGGUGCCCCCGCAGGAACAAGAGGGGCGGAGAGCCGCAGGAAUCUGAGCAUCCCCCUCAGCAGUCAGAGAACAUGGAAGCAGAGACUGACGUAAAGAAGGCAGAGCCCAGCGCCCCAGCAAACCCACCUCAGGAGACGAUAUCCGUGCGUUCCCGGCGUGGAUGCCGGGCCAACCUGGACAUGCAGGAGCCUCCCCAGCUGCCACCCACAGAAACGGGGCCAGCCAGUCAGGGCAGGAAGAAGAGCGUGGAAGAUGGAGCUUCAAAGGAGGAGGCUGUGGCUGGCAGGCCCAGGGGAAGGAGCCGGCGGACUGUGACUAACUCAGCAGAAGCUCUACCCACGGAGGAGCAGGUGGACGAGAAACCCAGGAGGCGUCUGCGAGGCAAGAUGGCAGCGACAGGAGGCGGGAAGACCGCUGUACGAGCGCCGAGGAGAGCCGGCGCCCUCUCCACCCACCAGGGCUCUGAUGAGGUGUUCCCCGCUGAGGUCCCAGAGCCGGCACCGCCAGCCCGCAGGGCAGCCCGCGCAGCUGUAAGCAAAGAGAAGGAGCCUGGGACCCAGCCGGUGGACACGGUCCUCGCGGAGAGGGCCACCAGGCGAGGGCUGCGGUCCAGGCACGUGCCCAGCCCACUCGGUCCACCUGAGAUGGCCAACGCCGGGAAGAUACCCCGGGAAACGGUCAAGGAGAGCGGCGCAAGGACAAGACAGCGUCCCGGGAGGGCAGCGCCCCCCAACCCUCCUCUGCCAACGAUACGGGAAGAGGCCUCGGGGGACAAGGAUUACGGCGACACAAAGCUGCCAGACCACUCAGCUCCCGGGGACAUGCAACACGGAGGAUCCAGAGCUCGGCUCAAACUCCACACAGAGCCAGCCGGAAGCACUGGGGGAGCUCCUUCCACCGAACACCCAGGGGAAGCCACGGGGGUGCCCGCCAAAGCCGGCCGCACACAGAAGGGAGCUGCUGCUGGAGCUGCUCCCAGAAGGCGAGUGAAGGCGCCCCUCACCACUGCCACGACCCACGAGUCCGUGCCCACGCCCACGCCCAGCCCAGAGAGUGCCCCCCCAGAGAAGAGGGCCAAGAAGUCCACGGAUGAUGAAGUCACCAGACCAGCCCCUCGCUCCUCCAGGCUGAAACCCAGGAAUCCGCCAGGACCAGAGGCUGAACCUGACGGUGAAGAGAGACCGGCCACCAAGCCCAGCCAGACCCAGAGCGGUGUCAGCUCGCGCCAAAGAGCAGCAGCUCGGAGUUCCAAGAGGAGGGUCCCCGCAGAAGCAGCAACCCCGAGCCCAGAGCAGGAGAAUGCCACACCGCCAAAGAGGAUGAGGACGAGAAGGAUGCUUAGUUGACGACGCUGAACCUGAAGAGGGAAGGGA